UACAGAGUGGGUGAGAGGGGGCUCGGGACGCGGCGCUCCGGUGUGUGGCUGAGUGGUGCUGCGGCUGGAUUCACGCGCAGGGCGCUGAGGGAGGAUUAGUCUGUGCGGAUUGUGAGAGUUCCCGCUGAACCCGGGAGUCCCGGCCGAAGGUGAGCGAGUGUCUGGGGGAAGAGCGGAGGGAGCGGAGCGGUGCGGAGCGCUGCAGGCGGGUUUGCGGUUCCGGGGCUGGAAGAGAGACAGACAGUGGCAUGUGUGGAGGACUGUACCAUGUUGGAGAGAGAGAGGGGGGUGUGAGCGAGUGAUGGGCUGCGCUUCAGCCAAGCAGUUGUCGUCCGUUCCUGGAGAUGAGGAGGAUCGGGACAAAGCCCACAGCAAUGGAGACGCCUUCUCCUCAGACGAGUACAAAAUGAAAGGAGUGGAGAAGGUGAAGUACGUGCAGCACGGAGAGGAGGAGCGCAUGAACACGCGCAACCAGGAGCACCAGGAGAAGAGCACAUUUUUGCACAAGGGCAAACACAAAGAGGCAAGCGGGAACACUAAUAAAAUCAGCAUCCACUCGUCAGAGAGCCAGCAGGAGUUCUUCAGGAUGCUGGAUGAGAAGAUUGAGAAGGGACGCGACUACUGUUCGGAGGAGGAGGAGGACGUGACAUAACCUGACACUGUUACCUCUGCGAGAUGAUCACACCUUCCCUCAUCUCCUUUUCCUCUCCUCUGAGUGCGUUUACCCCCCAAACACCUCCAUCCCUCCCUCCCUCCCGUUUACGGUCAGCGCUCCGCCCGCAAGGGAGGAGAAAAGGGGACCCGGGACAGAUGUCCAUGUCGUCGUGGUCUCAGUGCCCUUGCCUUACACUAAGCCUUUCUCAACAUUUUUGAGAGAGCCAUGAACAUGACGCUGUCCCGGACUUCAAAGAGGACUCGGCCGCUUCAACACCUCCUGCAUGUGCAGAAUGAAAGAGUCCGACAUCCGCUGCUUCUUCUCCUCCUCCUUUUUGUUCUUCCUUGGAGAUGAGACGUCCCAGGAAGUUGCAGAUCAUCAUGUGGAACAAAACAAAAGGACAAAGGACAUUUAAUUCCAUCCCACACAUUCCAGGCAUUUUAUAUACACGUGUGUGUGUGUUGGAAAAGUAUUUUCUCACCAUAAGUCUGUGUUUUGUGUGUAUUAUUUUUUAACUCUUAAAACGUGUGUGUAACCCUGCUCAGGACUGCGUGUCGGAGGAGGAUCGUUCAUCGUGAAUCGGCGCAAUAUUCUCAACAGGACGCGGUCGGAGGCUGCUUUCACACCUGCUGUUUUUCCCUGUAACCAUAGCAACAGCCCCAGCUCGUAUCAGCGUUUUGAAAAUAUGUGUUGAGGGUCCCUCGGUGUGAAAGCAGCCCGACUGAUAAAUCAGUCACAUCUACAACACUAAAAAUGUUCGAAAAGAAAACACAAGGAUGAUUUGAUGAGGUUUUCAAAGUGCUCUGCUCCAGCCGUGUCCCAAAACACCCACAAAUAAAAAAAAAUUUUUAUAAUAAA